AUGAAAAGGAAAUUACCCAUUGUUUUUGACUCGGAAGACACUAAAAUGUCCCAAAGUAUUUUGAAAUCGACAAAUUACUAUGGAAAAUUGACAAAAGUAUCGGAAACGAAUAAACCUAUUCCAGUAUACGAACCAGAAGAUAAUGAAGAUAUACGAGAAAAUAUACCAGAAGAUAUACGAGUAGAAGAACCGUUGUCACAGAGUUUUACGCCGCCGAAAAAUGAAAUACUGGAUUCGUCAAUAAAUCAAUUAGCAUCUUCACCUUUAAAGCAUAAUUCUGAGGAACCAGUGGACUGUGACUCACCUCCGGAACAUGAUUGUGAAAAUAAAUUGUCAUCGGCGCACCAAAUUCCAAAUUCCGUUUGCCCAGAUUGCGUACAAUGCGAAAUAGUGGACAAUAGAAAUUAUCAUUUUUGCCAAGUACUGAUGACAGAGUUGCAAUUUUUACACCUUUGUAUGAGAACUGUUGCCUAUCGCCAUAUUUUAAAAAUUGUAGAUGGACUAAAAGGGAGCCAUAGUAAGGACGACAUAAAAGUCAUCCGCGUCAAACCUGGAAAUCUUAAUUAA